AUGGCUAGUAAGACUAAGAGCUUCUUCGAGAAUGACCACGGGAACAAGCCGCGACCCGGUCAGAGGCAUCCCGGGCAGAACAGAGCGCCACUUGCCGAGACAAGCACGAACAAUAUACCGUGCAAGCCGCCAAUUCCAGCGACGUCAAAAGCGAAAACGAAGCUGAGAACGUUUCAAUUCGCACCGGGACAGUCGGAAGGAGCAGUGAAAGAAGGCAGUCUGGACGGCACGAGCGCUGAGGUCAACUUGGAGAGCUAUGGUGAAGGGGGGAAUAUUCCUAGAGCCUCCAGUAGAGAGCUUGCAGCACUCCACCAGACAGGAAACUACGAUGACCUGGAUUCCAAGCGAAAACAAGAAACGCCGCAACUGCCACAUGCGCAUACCUUCCCGUGCACACCAGGCACAAGACUACCUUUGGCGGAUCUUGUCGGGGACUUUGACGACGGUGCAAAGCCAGCGACAACACGAGAGCCAACUCCAGAGGAGCACAUCGGCUGGAUCCCAAACAGUUCCUCGAAUCUGCUGACUCCAAGUCGAAAGCGAAAACGAGCUAGGAGCUCUUCGCCAUCCUGUCCAAAUACAUCUUCGCAGAGGCAAGAGGCUUCUGCGUUCAACCGUAGCACCGCGAAAGAAGUCGGCGAAAAGACCACACCCGAGGCAGACCCCGCCGCUGACCUGUGGAAGCGCUACGCAACAGGUCAGCCCACCCACGAUGGUACCAGAAUAAGUGGACUUGACCAACUCAUCCUUCAAACCUCUCCAAGAAUGCUGGAGACACCGGCUAAAAGCGCCGGCCUGCGAAGAUGGGCAAGCACUGGCAACGACUGGCCUACGAGCAAGACGAAGCGGAGGCGGAUGCAUGGAAAAGCGAGCUUUGGCGUCUUGCAAGAGGAGCCCGGCGACGAUUCUAUGGGCAAAAGUAAAGUCGCUGCAAUGGUCGAAAGACUCCAAGAGUCGCUUGCAACCCAAAAACUAGCGAAUCCAGCGCCGAAACCUGCGACAACGGUGGACGCGCCUUCGAGCUCUAACCCGCUCCCAGAAAGUGGAGGUGAAUUCACUGUGGGUGACGCUCCGCCUGCUCAUCCGCGUGACGAGGAACAACCGCUCGUCGUAGGAGAUUCUACACACCCAGCGGCAGCGCAGCGGGUCCAACCUGCGAUGUCUAAGUCUCAGGAAAGCUAUUCGCUGAAGGCUACGACUGGCUCGAUGGCGAAGAAGGAUGAACUUGCUCAGCCAACAGUCCCCACCUCACAUGCUGCGACAUCCGCACCGUUGCAGUUGCACAGCAAGGCGCCUUUGCCGGCGUACCGACGACCGACCAUUUCUCGAACGACAAGCGGAGGCAGGCAGUACCCGCAGCGUACGCCUCCACUACCAACACCGCUGCCUGCCGCAUCAUGUGGCAUCUAUGACGAGUUUGGCGACGAUCUAGAGCUGUCGGCGGAGGACCUUGACGAGUUGAUGUCUCAGCCGCCUCCUUUGAAUCAGCGGCCGCUGCACCAGAUCCCCGCGCAUCCCGAUCCACCAGUCCAGCGGCCUAUGGACUUUGAGGAUACUCUUGCGGGACAAGUGAGGCAUCCGAUUAAUGCAGACCAAUGGGACGACGAUGAUGACGAAUUUGGGUGCGAUGGCUUGGAUGAAGCAGCGUUCGCGCAGGCCGAGAUCAAAGCUACUCAGGCAAUCAGGUACUCUCCGCGUCCUGUAAGCAACGACCGCAGUCCGAGAUCCACAGGUGCCACUUCACAGCAGGAGGGUCUGCUGCGAGAGCCAAGCGAUUUUCGACGCUGUGUAGUGAAACACAUCGCAGAUGGUGAAGAUACCAACUCUAAAGGACGCCGCUGCUACGAAAAGGUCAUUUCUGCCGAGGACCACCGAUCGUCGAAGGCAGUCGUCAUUAAGCUGCGGGAUAGCUGGAUCACGACGCCGCUCGUACGAAACACUGUUGUACACAUUACUCCUGCUGUACGGGCAGGCAGUGCAGCGCCACCGUCGGUUGCUCCAUAUGACCUGAUAAUAUCAGAUCAACCAGAAAGUCCUUUCUUCAUCAUUCACCCGGACCAUCUGCUCUCCGCCUUGAAGGUUGGCGACUCAUUGGAUUGCAUGCGCAAGGCUGUCCUCCAGGAACGGGUGAGAGAUGGCGAGACGAACAAGCCAAUGACUUACGGCAAUAUCUUACACGAGAUUUUCCAGAAGGCUCUUGCUGCAAAUCGAUGGGACGAAAGUUUCCUGGGCACCACCGCGGAAGAGACGGUCGCAAAUCAUGUCGAAGGGCUGUGGGCGUUGGGAAUGCGCGACUGUGUGCUUGCCAUCGAAGAAAUCAAAACCGAGCUGGCCGAGCUGGCUUCCUGGGCCCGGAUUUUUGUUGCCGACGAACCAUCUGAGAAUGCUACUGUCAGUGGCCAGCGUGGCGAAAAGGUCCGCUUGAGCAUUAGCAGACUGAUUGCUAUCGAGGAGCACGUGUGGUCGCCCAGGUACGGUCUCCAAGGAAAGAUUGACGCCACGGUGCAGGUCACGGUCGCCGAUCAGCACGGCCGUCGCAACAAGCGGCUUCUCUAUCCUUGGGAGGUCAAGAGUGGGAGGACGACAAUGUCGGCGUAUCAUAAGGCUCAGACGGCGCUGUACACGUUGCUCCUCUCAGACCGCUACGACACGAAUGUCACGGCUGGCGUGCUGUACUAUCUCAGGAGCUCUGCGAUGUCACUGAUUGAGCCUCCGAUUGCCCAGAAACGAGACCUGCUACAGCAGCGGAACAGAUUGGUCGCGGCGUUCUAUCAAGCGAGGGCCCGUUCCAAGACCGAAGACGUGCUCAUUUCUUCGACACAAGACGUCGAGGACUCCGGGCUGCCAGGUCUGGUGCGCAAUCCACGAAAUUGUAGCACGUGUUUUGUUCGAACAUCGUGUUUCUCCUACCACGCGCUGGCGGAGGGCGGCUCUUCGACUUCGGCUGGCAUGAUCGACGACGGCAAGACGAAUAACGGCGCAGUUUGGUCUGAUGCGGUGGGCCAUUUACUGCAUGGGCUGCGAGAUCCGACUCAGGUUGAUGUCCUCAAGCGGUGGUUUGUGAAGUGGGACGGGUUACUCACGCUCGAGGAGGGUAAUGUCAACAGCCUGAAAGGCGAGCUGUGGACCAUGACCUCGAAAGAGCGUGAGGCUGUCGGGCGUUGCUUUGGGAGCCUGACACUUGCGCCGGAUAUGUCCUCAACUGCGAUGAACAACACCAUGUCGGCCACCGACGGUAUAGAGGGAGAGGGCGGUAGGAUGACUCGCUUCCAGUAUAGUUUUGUGCGGUCGGCAGACGGCCUCUCCCAGUCUUUCGCAGAAGGCAGCCAACUCACGACAGGUGAGCCUGUGGUUGUGUCGUCGGAAUGCGGGCAGUGGAACCUGGCAAAAGGUUACAUCCUUGGUCUGACAAGACACAUGAUCACCGUGGGUAUGGACCGGACGCUCAGCCAUGCAAGGCAGAGGUUGCGCGGCUUCGACCAUGACCGAAACCAGGCUUUCCGAGGAGUGAUGGCGGUUGGCGAAGACGGUGAUGCUGCAUCGACUCCUCCUAUAGCCAUGCUCUAUCGUCUCGACAAGGACGAAUUCGGCAGUGGGCUGGCAAGCGUCCGCAGGAACUUGCUUACGUUGAUGUCUACCCACCCGAUCCACACGAAAUUGCGGAGCCAAGUCAUCUUCAGCAGGCAGCCUGAGUUUGACCACAGUGUGUCGACGCCUGUUCUGCCAGCAUCCCAGCUUGGGGAGAUGAACGAGGACCAAAGGGCCACAGUCACCAAAGUGCUGAAUGCACGGGACUAUGCUCUCAUCCUUGGUAUGCCCGGCACUGGCAAGACGACAACGAUUGCGCACAUCAUCCGGGCGCUGCUCGCCGAGCAGAAGUCGGUCCUCGUGAGCUCGUUCACCCACACCGCCGUCGACAACAUUCUGCUGAAGAUUCAAGACAUUGCUCCGGCAAACAGCAUCCUCCGACUGGGUCCCACGGCGAAGAUCAAUGCUCAGGUCAAGCAGUUCUGCCAGCUCGGCGAGACGCCACGCAAGAGUAUUCAGGAGAUCGACGACGCGUACAUGGGUUGCCAGAUUGUCGCGACUACAUGUAUGGGUACCAACCACACGCUCUUCAGCCGUCGAGCGUUCGAUGUCUGCAUUGUCGACGAAGCGAGCCAGAUCACCUUGCCUGUCGCACUUGGACCGCUGCUCCACGCGAGGAAGUUCGUUUUGGUCGGUGACCAUUACCAGCUCCCACCGCUGGUCCAGAACGCAGGGGCGCGAGAAGGUGGUAUGGACGUCUCACUCUUCCGGCAGUUGAGUGAAGAGCAUCCGGAAGCUGUCGCGACUCUCGGGAAGCAGUACCGCAUGUGCGAGGACAUCAUGACGUUGGCUAAUGUCCUGAUCUACGACGGCAAGCUCAGAUGCGGUACUGAGGCCGUUGCGCAGAGACAGCUGCGACACGUUGACCUCGCAGCUCUCUCAGCAUUUCACGGCUCGAGUAGCGCUUGCAAUGCCUCGUCGCUCGGCGGCAAGUGCUGGAUCACAGAGCUCAGCCGACCGGAGCGCAAAGUCGCAUUCGCCAACAUCGACCCAGCAGGCAAAGCAGCCUUCGAAACGCUCAACGCCGGCAAGAACAUUACAAACCAACUCGAAGCCACACUAGCCGCGCAACUCGUGCUCAGCCUCCUAGCAGUCGGCGUCCCAGCCAAAGACAUCGGCGUCAUCUCCCUCUACCGCUCCCAGCUCGCCCUGAUGCGACGUCUCUUCAAAAUGGCCAGCAUCCCCCGCGAAGUUGACAUCGACACCGCGGACCGCUUCCAGGGCCGCGACAAGGAGUGCAUCAUCCUCUCCAUGGUGCGCUCGAACGCCUCCGGCACGGUCGGCGAGCUGCUGAAGGACUGGCGAAGGGUGAACGUGGCGCUCACGCGGGCGAAGUCGAAGCUCAUCGUUUUGGGGAGCAGGCAGACUUUGCGGAAUAAUGAGCUUUUGGCGAAGUUUGUGGAUUUGGUGGAGGAGAGGCGGUGGUCGAUGGAUUUGCUGAUGGGGGCGGAUACGUGUCAUGCGUUUGAGUUUAGUUCGCAGACUGCUAGUGCGGUGUCGGUGGAGGAGGUGUCGAGUCCGGCGAACAGGUUGGGUGGUGGAGCGAGUCCGGUGAAGAGCAGUCCGGUGAAGCGGAAGCCGCAGCUGCGCAGUCCGGUCAAGAAGCCUGGCACGCAGUCGACACGGAUUCUGAAAGAGUCCGCGAGUGCUGGGAAUAGGAGUCCGGUGAAGGCAGGGCGGAUGAAGGUGCCUGGGAAGGUGAUAUCGGGCAAGAAGCAGAUGGAGGAGGCUGCGUUCCAGAUCUGGGAGGAUCUUACGGGGGAUGAGUUUUGA